UCCUAUGGCUUCUAAUUUGAUCUCGGUUUCCUCCAGGUCUUCCCCCGCAGGCUUCAUCCCUGCCCCAAAGACUUCCCCGCUCUCCCCUCCUGCAGGUUUCACCCCACCACCAAAAUCAGCCACCCUUUCCCCUCCAGUAGGGUUUGUACCAGCACCAAAAUCAGCCACCCUUUCCCCUCCAGUAGGGUUUGUACCAGCACCAAAAUCAGCCACCCUUUCCCCUCCAGUAGGGUUUGUACCAGCACCAAAAUCAUCCCCCCUUUGCCAACCAAAUGGGUAUGUACCAGCACCAAAAUCAGCCACCCUUUCCCCUCCAGUAGGGCUUGUACCAGCACCAAAAUCAGCCACCCUUUCCCCUCCAGUAGGGUUUGUACCAGCACCAAAAUCAGCCACCCUUUUCCCUCCAGUAGGGUUUGUACCGGCACCAAAAUCAGCCACCCUUUCCCCUCCAGUAGGGUUUGUACCAGCACCAACAUCUACUGCUGUUAGUCCUUCAGUUUCCACUGCAGCCCCCAAAUCCUCCCCAGCAAUUCCCCCAUCAUGCUUCAUCCCACCACCAAAAUGUCCCCCCCUUUCCCCUCCAGCAGGGUUUGUACCAUCACCAAAAUCCAAUGCUUUUACUCCUUCAGUUUCCACUGCAGCCCCCAAAUCCUCCCCAGCCAUUCCCACAUCAUGCUUUAUCCCACCACUAAAAUCAGCCCCCAUUUCCCCACCUGCCGGGUUAAUAUCAGCAUCAAAAUAUACCCCCCUUUCCCCACCUGCUGGUUUUAUCCCCUCUUCUAAAUACUCCCCUGUCACUCCCCCUUCAGCAUCCUUUCCCACCUCUAAGUCCUCCCCCAGUACUCCUCCUGCAGGGCUCGUCCCAGUCUCCAAGGUCUUGCCUCUCUCCCCUACUCCUCCAAAGGUCUCGCCUCUCUCCCCUCCUCCCGCCUUUAUCAUUCCCAAGGCGAGUGCCCUCUCUCCACCACCGGCGUUGAUCCCGUCCCCCAAACUGCCAACUGUGAAGAAGCUUGAGGCUUCACCGCAAAACAAGUCAUCAACUGUUUCAUCAAAGAAUACCCCAACUAUAACCCAAAAGGAGGCGCCGCUCAGUCCCACUGAAGAGGCUCAGAGACUCCUGGACAGGAUCUUCAGUGCGCCUCUGGAGCCGGCAGUCUGUGCCUCAGCCCCGACUCUUUGUCCUGCCCCAGCCCCAAACCCCCCUCAGGGACAGGUGGACAAGGAUCCUGUGGCCAUCCUUCAGGUGUCUCACGCCGCUGCCCAACAACCCAAGGUGAAGACAGAGGAGCAGAUAGCCGCAGAGCAGACAUGGUACGGUUCAGAGAAGGUCUGGCUGGUCCACAAGGAUGGCUUCUCCCUGGCGACGCUGCUGAAGACGGAGGCAGGCUCUCUGCCGGAGGGGAAGGUGAAGAUCAAACUGGAACAUGACGGGACAGUACUGGACGUAGAUGACGAUGACGUGGAGAAGGCGAACCCCCCGUCGUUUGACCGCUCUGAGGACCUGGCCUUGCUACAGUACCUGAAUGAGUCCAGUGUGAUGCACUCCCUGCGGCAGCGCUAUGGGGGAAACCUCAUCCACACACACGCCGGGCCCAACAUGAUCAUCAUCAAUCCCCUCAGCGCUCCCUCCAUGUACUCCGAGAAGGUGAUGCACAUGUUUAAGGGUUGCAGGCGAGAGGACACGGCACCUCACAUCUACGCGGUGGCUCAGUCGGCCUACAGGAACCUGUUGACCACGCGUCAGGACCAGUCCAUCGUGCUGCUGGGGAAGAGUGGCAGCGGCAAGACCACCAACUGUCAACACCUGGUCCAGUACCUGGUCUCCAUCGCUGGCAGCACCGGAAAGAUCUUCUCUGGGGAGAAGUGGCAGGCAGUAUACACUAUCCUGGAAGCAUUUGGAAACAGCUCCACCUCCAUGAACACCAAUGCUAGCCGCUUCUCUCAGAUUGUCUCUCUGGACUUCGACCAGGCUGGCCAGGUGGCCUCCGCAUCCAUACAGACCAUGCUGCUUGAGAAGCUGAGAGUGACCAAACGGCCGGAGACUGAGUCCACCUUCAACGUGUUCUACUACAUGAUGUCCGGAGCUGACAGCACUCUCAGAACGGAGCUGCACUUUAACCACUUUGCAGAGAACAGCGCCUUCGGAAUUGUGCCUCAGUCUAAACUGGAGGACAAACAGAAGUCGUCUCAGCAGUUCACCAAGCUGCAGGCAGCCAUGAAGGUGCUGGGCAUCUCAGUGGAGGAGCAGAGGGCUCUGUGGCUCAUCCUGGGGACCAUCUACCACCUGGGGGCCGCAGGGGCCACCAAAGAGGCUGACGAAGCUGGCCGUAAGCAGUUUGCCCGUCAUGAGUGGGCCCAGAAGGCUGCCUACCUGCUGGGCUGCACCCUGGAGGAGCUCUCCUCAUCCAUCUUCAAGCACCAGGUCAAGGGUGCCCUGCAGAGGUCCACCUCCUUCCGCGGGGGGCCCGACGAGGCCGGCGCAGGAGACAGCUCAGUCUCUAAGAUCACAGCCCUGGAAUGUCUGGAGGCCAUGGCUUCAGGCCUGUACUCAGAGCUCUUCACCCUCGUUAUCUCCCUCGUUAACAGAGCUCUGAAGUCCAGUCAGCACUCUCUGUGCUCUCUGCUCAUCGUGGACACACCGGGUUUCCAGAACCCUCGAAUGGCCAAGCGCCAGCGCGGUGCCACCUUCGAGGAGCUGUGCCACAACUACGCCCAGGAGCGCCUUCAGACCCUGUUCCACGAACGCACCUUUGUACAGGAGCUGGAAAGAUAUAAGGAGGAAAACAUAGAGCUUGCAUUAGAUGACAUAGGGUCCAGUACCUCAAUGUCGGUAGCAGCUAUAGACCAAGCAUCCACCCAAGCGCUGGUGCGCACCCUGGCGAGGACAGAUGAGGCUCGAGGUCUGCUGUGGCUGAUGGAGGAGGAGGCUGUGCAGCCAGGGGGCUCUGAGGACACUCUGCUGGAGAGAUUAUUCAGCUACUAUGGCCCCGACCAGGGGGACAACAAGGGACACGCCCUGCUCCUGAAGAGUGACAAGCCGCAUCACUUCCUGUUGGGCCACAGCCACGGGACAGACUGGGUGGAGUACAAUGCUCAGGGUUGGCUGAACCACGCCAAGCAGAACCCCGCCUCACAGAACGCUGCCACUCUGCUGCAGGACUCACAGAAGAAGAACAUCAGCAGUCUGUUCUCUAGUCGUAGUGGAGGGCCCACAGUGCUGUCUGGCUCCAUCGCAGGGCUGGAGGGGGGAUCUCAGCUGGCCCUCCGCAGAGCCACUAGCAUGAGGAAGACCUUCACCACUGGCAUGGCCGCUGUCAAGAAGAAGAGCCUCUGUAUCCAGAUCAAACUGCAAGUGGAUGCUCUGCUGGACACGGUGCGCAGGUCCAGGGUUCACUUUGUCCACUGCCUGCUGCCCAAGGCAGACGCGGUGGGAGUUGGCAUGGAGCCGCGCGUGACCCAUGGAGAGAGCUGCGACUCAGGCCUCAUGCAGCUGGAUGUGGGCCUCCUGAGGGCUCAACUCCGUGGAUCUAAGCUUAUCGACGCCUUGCGCAUCUACAGACAAGGAUACCCUGAUCACAUGGUGUUCUCCGAGUUCAGACGGCGCUUUGACGUGCUGGUGCCCCACCUGACCAAAAAGCACGGACGCCACUACAUGGUCACAGACGAGAAGAGGGCUGUGGAGGAGCUGUUGGAGUCUCUGGACUUGGAGAACAGCAGUUACCACAUGGGCCUGAGCAGGGUGUUCUUCAGAGCGGGUACCCUGGCCAAACUGGAGGAGCAGAGAGAUGUCCAGACCAGACGCAACAUCACCAUGUUCCAGGCUUCUUGCAGAGGAUACCUGGCCAGACAGGCUUUCAAGAAGAGGAAGAUCCAGGACCUGGCUAUCCGCUGCAUCCAGAAGAACAUCAAGAAGAACAAGGGAGUGAAGGGCUGGGCCUGGUGGAAGGUGUUCACCACAGUACGCCCCCUUAUAGAGGUCCAGCUCACAGAGGAGCAGAUACGUGGCAAAGACGAGGAGAUCCAGCAGCUGAAAGGGAGGCUGGAGAAGGUGGACAAGGAGAGGAACGAGCUGAGACUCAACAGUGACCGCCUGGAGAGCAGGAUCACAGAGCUGUCGUCGGAGCUGGCAGACGAGAGGAACACAGGAGAGUCGGCCUCUCAGCUGCUGGAGUCUGAGACCUCAGAGAGACUGAGACUGGAGAAAGACAUGAAGGACCUGCAGACUAAGUUUGACUCGAUGAAGAAGUCUAUGGACUCUAUGGAGAUGGAGGUGAUGGAGACCAGACUCCUCAGAGCCUCUGAGCUCAAUGGAGAGAUGGACGAUGACGACACAGGGGGAGAGUGGAGACUGAAGUAUGACAGGGCCAUCAGAGAGAUAGAGUUCACCAAGAAGAGGUUACAGCAGGAGUUUAAUGACAAGCUGGAGGUGGAGCAGCAGAACAAGCGGCAGCUGGAGAGGAGGCUAAGUGACCUCCAGGCAGACAGUGAGGAGGUGCAGCGUACGGCCCAGCAGCUGAAGAAGAAGUGUCAGAGAUUGACGGCUGAGCUACAGGACACCAAGCUACACCUAGAGGGCCAGCAGAGCCGCAACCAUGACCUGGAGAAGAAACAGAGGAAGUUUGACUCGGAGCAGAACCAGUCUCAGGAGGAGGUCCAGAGGGAGAAGAAUCUUAGAGAGAAGCUGAGCAGAGAGAAGGACAUGCUGACUGGAGAAGUGUUCAGCAUGCGACAGCAACUGGAGGGCAAGGACCUGGAGAUGUGUGCACAGAACAUGAAGUUAGAACAGCUGGAGGCGGAGCUGCUGGACCUGUCGUCCCAGGAGACCAAGGACGAGGCAUCACUGUCCAAGGUGAAGAAGACGAUGCGUGACCUGGAGGCCAAGGUCAAAGACCAGGAAGAGGAGCUGGAUGAACAGGCCGGAACUAUACAGAUGCUGGAGCAGGCUAAGCUGCGUCUGGAGAUGGAGACAGAGAGACUGCGCCAGACACAUUCCAAGGAGAUUGAGAGUAAAGACGAGGAGGUGGAGGAGAUCAGACAAUCCUGCAGUAAGAAGCUGAAGCAGAUAGAAGUCCAACUGGAGGAGGAGUUUAAUGACAAACAGAAGGUCCUACGUGAGAGGAGAGAACUGGAGACCAAGCUGCUGUCGGCCCAGGACCAGGUGAACCCCAGAGACGUGGAGACAGAGAAGAGGCUGAGGAAGGAUCUGAAGCGCACCAAGGCCCUGCUGGCCGACGCCCAGAUCAUGCUGGACCACAUGAAGAACAACGCCCCCAGCAAGAGAGAGAUCGCCCAGCUCAAAAACCAGCUGGAGGAGUCAGAGUUCACCUGUGCGGCAGCAGUGAAGGCCCGUAAGUCUAUGGAGGUGGAGAUUGAGGACUUGCAUGUGCAGAUGGACGACAUCUCCAAAGCCAAACAGGCUCUGGAAGAGCAGUUGAGCAGGCUGCUGAGGGAGAAGAAUGAUCUUCAGUCUCGUAUGGAGGAGGACCAGGAGGAUAUGAACGAGCUCAUGAAGAAGCACAAGUCAGCUGUCGUCCAGUCAACCCAGAACCUAGCCCAGAUCUCUGACCUACAAGCCCAGCUGGAAGAGGCCCUCAAGGAGAAGCAGGAUGUCCAGGAGAAGCUCUCGGCACUGCAGAGCCAGCUGGAGUUCCAGGAGACGUCUAUGGUCGAGAAGUCCCUGGUCAGCAGGCAGGAGGCCAAGAUCCGAGAGAUGGAGACCAAGAUGGAGUUUGAGAAAACACAGGUCAAACGCUUGGAGAGCCUGGUGGCCCGUCUAAAGGAGAACCUUGAGAAGCUAACAGAGGAGCGGGAUCACCGCAGCACCAGCGAGACCCGGGAGAAGGAGCAGAACAAGCGGCUCCAGAGACAGAUCAGAGAUAUCAAGGAGGAGAUGGGAGAGCUGGCCAAGAAGGAGGGAGAGGCCAGCCGCAAGAAACAUGAGCUGGAAAUGGAUAUUGAAAGCUUGGAGGCAGCCAAUCAGAGCCUGCAGGCAGACCUUAAACUAGCCUUCAAGAGGAUUGGUGACCUCCAGGCCGCCAUCGAGGACGAGAUGGAGAGUGACGGCAACGAGGACCUCAUCAGCAGUUUACAAGACAUGGUGACAAAGUAUCAGAAAAGAAGGAACAAAACUGAGGGAGACUCAUCUGACUUGGAGAUUGAAGACUGUGUGGAUGGGGUCAAGUCCUGGCUGUCCAAAAACAAGGGAUCUACCAAGAACCUCUCAGAUGACGGCAGCCUCAAGAGCUCCAGAUUUGCCAUAAACGUAGACGCAAAGGAAGGGAAAGAGUGGAAAGAGGUCCUCCUAGCCGAAGACGUUUCUGCUCGGACAAAUCCGAGGAAGAAGAGGAGGAAGAACAUAAAGAUGGUGGUGCGUCUCGAGGGUCCUACCGCUCCAGAUAUACACGCGGCAGCUACCUGAACAACAGUGACAGUGAAGACGAGCCCUCUGAGACAACGUAGUUAACACAUACAUCAGCCAACACAGGCUGCAGGUUGAGAGGGCCCCAGUGGUGCAUGAUCGGACUCACUGUGCUGUUUUCACACACGUGCACACACUCACAACCACUCUGUUCUUCUAACCCUGCAACAUGAUACUAUGACUGUCAUUAUUAUUCUACUAUUACAAAACAGCUUGCAUUGCUAAGGUCUAGAGAAGGUGCCAUAGUACGUCAGUGUACAGUACACAACACCAAUGGUUUCUCUCACUCCACUGGGCCAACCCUGUCUUAAUGUAUUUCACCAGUCACAUGUGACUGUGUGUCUCCAUCUUGGAUCUGGCCCCUCCAGUUGAACAGCACCUCCAUUAAUAAUGACUUGUCUUUCUUGUCUCUGCUAGCUGCAUGAGGACAGCUGCUGCUUGGCUGGAGCCAUCGUCUCCUCCUUCCUAGAUUUGAUCAUGAUCAUGGUUGUAACUGUGCCAAGGAACUGUAGCAAUGUUCCCUAAUGUUUUAUCACUGCAUUGGGAGACAAGAAAGAAAAAAAAACAAGAAAAAAAGGGGGAGAAAAUAAAUACCAAAAAAACCUUUGUUGCAACUAGGUGUGUACACUGUGUUAUUUCUUAUUUGCUCGUCCUGGUAAAAAAAAGACCAGAGUUUAUUUUUGGGAGAUAUAAGUAGGGUCCUCUACAGCUGGCACCCACACAGCUGUGCUUAGAUUCUGUCUGCAGUGCCACGCUGCGCCACACCGAACAAAGACGCUUUCAUCGGCUCAUCUGCUUGUUUUUUAUUACUUGUUUUUGCAGGAUAAUAAUGUUUCCUAACGGGAAGACAACAGAAGAGAGCUGCUGCACCAAACUGCUUGUGAUGAAACUUUAGUCCUUUCUCUUCUUUUUUUUAUCUUUUUGUUUUGAUGUUUGAAAUAAAAUUAGAAUUUGUUUUCAAGAGUGCUGCCAUCAAGGACAUGAUUUCCAGGAGGUUUGAGUGUAGUGUACCCUAUGAGAUGCUUUGUCUCAUUUGAUUUCAACUUGAAAUGAACUAAGUACUUUGCAGAAAAGCAUUUGGGGGAGGGUCUUUGGCUGAGCUGUUUUUUUCUCUCUGUCAUUGUGGUUGUUGUUGUUCUUGUGCUUUUCACUUGUUUUUUCUUUCCAUUUGAUGUGCUUUGCUUUCCAAAGGGAAUGAUAUUCAACACCAUGCUUUAUGGUGGUUUGUCUGUAGUUUAUAUCUCCUUCAACACCCACAUUUGGACCAUACCAUACUGGAUUACACAUGGUGAGGAUUAGGUGUCCUCAACCAGCAUGUUAAAUCCACCCCUGUAAACUGGAUAUAAUGCAUUCAAAUAUUUUUCAGUGUUUCUGAAGCCUAUUUGCCAUGUAGGAUUCAUCAGUAUUCUGUCCUGAACCAAUGCUACCUUUUACAACAGCGCAACAGUUUAACCAGGAAGAUAUUAAAGACCCACGCUUUUACGGUUGCUUGGUGUUACAAUGAACCCUUCGGCUGUCUCUUUAGUAUUUAUGAAUUAGCAUUAAUGAAUUGAGCAGGCCUGCCAACAUGUGUAUUAUCUGCCUGCCAACAUGUGUAUUAUCCACGUGUGAUUGUAUUACACAUGAUUUUUAAAGACACUCGUCUAUCACAUCCCCUUGUUCUCUAUGCCAGGGCUUCCCAAACUCGGUCCUGCUCCUCCGCCGGGUGCAUGUUUUGGUGUUUGCCCCAGCACUACACAGCGGAUUGAGCUAAUCAAAGCUUGAUGAUGAGUUGGGGAUUUGAAUCCACUGUGUAGUGCAGGGGAAACACUACACCAGGACCGGGUGUGGGAAGCCCUGCUCUAUGCAGUCAACGGGACUUUUAAAAGGAAUUUUCAACUGUUUUAUGAUGUCGUUAUAUGAUACUCUUAAACCUGAAUCAUCAUAAGACACCUGGGGGAAAAAUGAAAACAAAGAAAUUAGUGAACAUAACAUUGCGGACUGUACACAUUAAUAUUUAUAUAUAUAUAAAAUAUAUAAAUAUCUGUAUUGAUUCAUACUAGCUUUCAAAAUAGUUAAUGUUUAUUUUCAUUAUUGAACAAAAUGACCACUUGUUAUAAGUAAUAAUUUUGCAUUACAUUUUAAUAUAUUGUAAAUAAAUGAUGACUCCAGACUGUAA